GCCCGUUUUUCAGUGUCAUUUGGCUGAAAAAUCGAUUCCCCGCACACUGGAUGGUGGGCACUGGGUACUGAGUGCUCGGUUCUGGGUUCUCUGGGCCACUCUGCUCUGGCACACUGAGCACCGAGCUGGCAGUUGGGUAGAAAUCAGAGUACAAGCCAGCAGCGCGACCGAGAUGACCCACUUUUCGGUAUUCGCACUGAGACCCAACUGCUACUACCCACUGAAAGUGGACAACUAGGCGGAGUUUUUUUCUAUAUAGUAGCAGUGAAGCGAUCGCGUUUUUCGGAUAUAUUAUGUACAGCCUACGUAGCCUAGUGUAAACUAUAUGCAUUUAUGUGAAUUUCCCAGCGCAAACGUGGAAGAGGAAAACAGGCGACCUGAAAAAGCAGCAGCAGCAGCAGCAAGCAAGAAGCAGAAGCACAAGCAGCAAAAAAGUCGUCCGAGGGGCAGCCACAGCAUGCCGUACGAGUCGAUGCACCAUCAUCAGUCGGCGGCCGCUGCCGUGGCCGCUGGCACCACCCCCAACGGAAUGCUGGACGCCCUCAGCCUGCAGCUGCGCGAUGCCGAGAUGCGGCGCACGGAGAUCGAGCGGGCGCAUCAGGAAACCCUGGCACAAAUACGCAAUCUGAGCGGCAGCGCACGUCCCGAUGCCGAGGCGGUGGAGAACCUGCAGUCGAGAGCCCGGGAACUGGAAAAGAAGGUUGCGCUGGAAAAUGUGCGCUGCGAGGAGCUGCAAAUCGAACUGACCUCGGCUCUGAAGGCCAAACAGGCAUCCCGCUCUGCCUGCUCCGGAAUGGGCAGCGUGUCCUCCGGUGGCGGCGCAACCAUUCCUACAUCGGCCAGCAGCUCCACCGUCACUUGGGCACCGACAAUCAGCCACCAGGACCAAGGAACCGAGAUUGAUAUCAUAAUGGCAAAGAUUGAGCAGGAUAACCGCGUGCUGGCCGAGCUGGAGCAACCUCGCACCUCGGCCAGCGCCAGCAUGUCAGCAUUGCCGCCCAGUUCCAUGUUGAGCACGGUAAAUAGCGAAUUUAGAACCAUAUCAAAGAGUGAACUCGAAGAAGAACUGAACCGCUACAAAAGAGCAGUUUUGGGAGGAGGCGGCGGAGGAGGUGGCGGUGGUGUAUCCGCCCUGUCCUCCGGCUACUCGAGUAUACCGCAAUCGCUAGCCUCCACGCUGCCCAAUGGAGGCGCCAGCACCAGCUUGAGCGGCACCAGCCUUGGCUCGCACAGCGCUGCCGCCGCUGCUGCCGCCCACAGUGUAUCCGCUGGAUCGGGAGGCGUGGUCGGUGGCGGCGGCCAAGGCGGCCUAUCAUCCAUAUCGGCCCUGGUGCCCAACUCAAUCAGCGGCAUAUCCUCGAGUCUGAGCAGCCAUGCCAUUCAAUCCAUGCAGUACGGAGCCGGACAGACGUCCGUGGAGAAACUGCUGAGCGGAACUAGUGGAAUCACUGGCAUUCCACCCCUGCCGGUAAAUAUUCACACGAUGAAGGCUAUGCCGACGGCAUUAAGUCAGCGCGGAACAAUACAGCUGUACAAUUUGCAGAGCACAACCAUGCCCCUCCUGUCACUCAACUCGCAUAACCUACCGCCCGCCGGCUCGACGAGCUACUCGGCCCUGGGCGCCGGUGCCGGCUCCUCGCUGACGCACCCGACCAUGGCCAAUCUGGGUCUGCUGGACACCGGCACCCUCCUGGGUUCCGCCGGCUUGAGCGGAUUGGGCGUGGGCCCUGGGGUCGGCGGCAUCACUGGAGCCACAUCUCUGUAUGGCCUAAGCGGCGGCGGAGGAGCCGGUGGCCUGGGCAGCUCCUAUGGCCCGCCCUUUCUGGACGUAGCGUCGAGCGCCUCGUAUCCAUUUACCGCGGCCGCCCUGCGACAGGCUUCCAAAAUGAAAAUGCUGGACGAGAUCGACAUACCGCUGACGCGGUACAACCGCAGUUCGCCCUGCUCACCCAUUCCGCCGAACAACUGGGGACUGGACGAGUUCACCGACGGCCUCAGUGUCUCCAUGAUGCACAACCGCGGCGGCCUGGCACUGGGUGCCCUAGAUUUGGACACUCGCAAUCAUGGCCUGAAUGGAGCCAGUGAACCGCAGGUGGAUAUGCUCGAUAUUCCUGGAAAGGGCCGCUGCUGUGUGUUUAUAGCCCGAUUUCCCUAUGAUCCUCCAGAUGUUCAUAAUGAAUUCCUUUCCAUGCCUUGCAGGGAGGCUGAGGGCGAGCUCUCCCUGUGCGCCGGCGACUAUCUGCUGGUGUGGACCAGUGGUGAGCCCCAAGGUGGCUACCUGGAUGCGGAGCUGCUGGACGGGCGACGCGGCCUCGUUCCGGCCUCCUUUGUGCAGCGCUUAGUAGGCGACGACCUGCUGGAGUUCCACCAGGCGGUGCUGUCGACGCUGCGCGAUGCCGAGGACGGAUCGAUGCAGUGCGACACCACGUCGCUGCCCUCCUUGCCGCCGCACAACCCAUUGCUCACACACACCCACGAGGAUCUGGCUCGCUUGAGUGAGACGCACACCGAUCUGGAGCACGACCAGGACGACAUCAGCGACAAUGUUCCAGCACCCAAGCACUUGACGCUGGAACGGCAGCUGAACAAGAGCGUGCUCAUUGGCUGGUCGCCGCCGGAGCCAGUGGGCUACAACCUCAUCGACAGCUACCACGUCUACGUGGACGGCGUGCUCAAGGUCACCGUGAAGGCCAACGAACGCACACGCGCGCUAAUCGAGGGCGUUGACUCCACGCGGCCGCAUCGCAUCAGCGUGCGGAGCGUGACCCAGAACCGGCAGACAUCGCGGGAUGCCGCCUGCACGAUGAUCAUCGGACGGGACACCGCUCACCUGGGCCCCUCGGCGGUGCGCGCCUCGCACAUAACUUGUUCCUCGGCGGUCAUCUCGUGGCUGCCGGCCAACUCGAACCACCAGCACGUGGUGUGUGUAAACAAUGUGGAGGUGCGCACCGUCAAGCCGGGCAUGUACAGGCACACGAUCACUGGCCUGGCGCCGAGCACCCAGUACCGGGUGACGGUGCGGGCCAAGCACCUGCGGGCCGUGGGCCAGCACGCGGCGAAUGUGGGCCAGACGGGCGGAGCUGGGCGGCCGGGACAGGAGGAGGCGCCCGGAGCGUACGCCGACUUCCGCACCCUGACCAAGGGCCUGCCCGAUCCGCCGCAGGAGAUCCAGCUAGAGGCCGGUCCGCAGGACGGUACCAUUCUGGUGACAUGGCAGCCGGUUAACAGGCCCACCUCGACGGGGCCUGUAACCGGCUAUGCUGUGUACGCCGAUGGUAAGAAGGUCACCGACAUCAACUCGCCCACCGGCGAUCACGCCCUCAUCGACAUCGGCAAACUGGGCGUCUUCAAUCCGCGUGCCGUCACCAUUCGCACCAAGUCGCGCGACUCCCAGUCGGCGGACAGUGCGCCCAUUUUGAUUCCAAAUACGGUGCGCAACGCGGUGGCUCGCAGGGGUCCCAAUCAAAUGGGCAUGGGACCGCAGUUGCCGCAGGGACCGCACGGGAUGCCGGUGCAGCAGCAGAUGGGCGGUAUGCCCGGCCAGCCGGGUCAGCAGGGUCAGCACAUGAUGGGUGGGCAGCAGGAUCACGGCCAGUACGAUCCCAACCAGAUGCAGCAGCAGGGCAUGCAGCCGGGUCAGUCGGGUCAACCGGGUCAGCCGGGUCAUCAGCCCGACGGAGGCUCCGGAUUGUUAGGUGGCCUGCUCGGUGGCCUCUUCUCGAAACCCACACAGAAUCAAGUGAACCAGAAUGGCUAUCAGCCAGGCCAACCAGGUGCGCAGCGCGGCAUGGUCCCGAUUCCAGGAAGACCGCAGGGACCACAGCAACAGCAGCAGCAGCCCUACGGACCCCAGGGUCCCAUGGGCGGCGCGCGUUUCCGAGGACCAGUUCCCGGCCAGCUUAACAUGCAGGGCCAGCAGAUGCAGGGGCAGAUGCAAGGGCAGAUGCAGGGGCAGAUGGCUGGUCAGAUGCCCGGUCAGAUGCCUGGCCAGAUGAUGGGACCACGAGGACCGCUGAACCAGCAGCAACAGCAGCAGCAACAGCAGCAGCAGCAGCAGCAGCAGCAGAUGCAGCAGGGCCAGAUGAUUCCCGGCCAGCAGGCAGGACAACAGCAGAACCAGCCCGGUCAGCCGGGACAACCGGGUCAGAUGCCCGGAGCACAGAAGAAGCCCCGCUACUUUGUGGCCAUGUUCGACUACGACCCAUCCACGAUGAGUCCCAAUCCCGAUGGCUGCGACGAAGAGCUGCCCUUCCAGGAGGGCGACACGAUCAAGGUGUUUGGUGAUAAGGAUGCCGAUGGCUUCUACUGGGGCGAGUUGCGCGGUCGCAGGGGCUAUGUGCCGCACAACAUGGUCUCCGAGGUGGAGGACACCACCGCCGCCAUGACUGCCGGUGGUCAGAUGCCCGGUCAGAUGCCCGGCCAGAUGCCCGGCCAGAUGCCCAGCCAGAUGGGCCAGGGACAAGGAGUGGGAGUGGCCGUGGGCGGCACCGCCCAGGUGAUGCCCGGCCAGGGUGCUCCGCAGCAGAGCAUGCGGAACGUGAGCCGCGACCGCUGGGGUGACAUCUAUGCCAACAUGCCCGUGAAGCGGAUGAUCGCGCUCUACGACUACGAUCCCCAAGAGUUGAGUCCCAAUGUGGAUGCCGAGCAGGUGGAAUUGUGUUUCAAGACGGGCGAAAUCAUACUCGUUUACGGUGAUAUGGAUGAAGACGGUUUCUACAUGGGCGAACUGGACGGCGUGCGCGGCCUGGUGCCGUCGAACUUCCUGGCGGACGCGCCCGACCAGUACAACAACCAGAUGGGUCCGGGCGGAGUGGCCGGCCGCGGCGGUCUGAGCCAGAGGGGCAGGGGUCAGGGGCCAGGAGCGAGGGGGCCGCCGCCCCCGCCACGUGACAACAUGAUGCCCGGAAUGGGCGGGCGCGGCCAGCCGGGCAAAAAUGCUCGCCCUGCUUCCCCUACACUGUUAGACAACACGGGCCAUCCUGCCCCCGAUCACCAAACGCAGGGGAUGAUCGGUCGCGUUGGUAAUGUCGGAAUGCAGCAGCAGCAGCAGCAACUCCAACAGCAGCAGCAGCAGCAGUACGGUCAGCAACAGACGCAGAUGGGACAGCAGCAGCAGCAACAGCAGCAACAGCAGCAAAUGGGACAACCUGGAAUGAUGGGUCAGCAGAUGGGUCAGCCGAUGGGUCAGCAGAUGGGACAGAUGGGACAAAUGGGUCAGAUGGGUCAGCAGCAGAUGGGACAGCAGCAGCCGCCGACGACACAGGCGCAAACGGGCGGACUAUUCUCCGGCGCGACUAGCCUGCUCUCUGGUGCUACCUCGGCUGCCACCGGUGGUCUAUUUGGGUCGAAGCAACCGCCCAAGACGGAUCCAAUGCAACCACAAGGUGGUGUGCAGCCAGCGCAGCAACAAGCAAACGCCUUUGGUGCCCAGCAGCCUGGCAUGGGCAUGCAGCAGCAGGGGGGGAUGCAGCCCGGAAUGCAGCAGGGCAUGCAGCAGGGCAUGCAGCAGGGGAUGCAGCAAGGGAUGCAGCAAGGGAUGCAGCAGGGAAUGCAGCAGGGCAUGCAGCAGGGGAUGCAGCCCGGAAUGCAGCAGCAGCAGCCACAACAAGUGCCACCGCAAGCCCAGGCGCCGCCUCCAGGACCGGGCGCCGGAUUGCUGGGCGGGCUCAAGGGCAUCGCGGCAGCGGCGCCCGGCGGCGAUGUCCUGUCGAAAGGCAAAGACCUCUUCGGAAAAUUCGGGUUCGGCUUUGGCAAAUAACCCCGGUCAUUCUAUAGGGUCCUGUUAUAUUAUUCGUAGAUUAGACUUAUUAUUACUAUUAUGAUUAUGAUUAUGAUUAUGAUUAUUGCUAUUGAUUACGAUUACUAAGCUAAUAUAAAAUGGAACACAAAUGAUAAUGAUGGACAGACAAACCAAUGCUAAAGUUAAAACCCAAGCCCGGUUCCGAGCUGUAGGCCAAUGCAUAUGUUGUUGUUGUCGAUAUGAUAUGAUAUGAUAUGACUAAUAGUACUAAUACUAAUGGUAAUAUUUUUUAUUAAUUAAAUUAAUGGAAAUAUUAUGAGUGACCGACGAGCAACAGCAGCAUCGGCCAAACAGCCGGGCCACAGAAAAUCCAAAUAAAAAAAGCAAAGCCACAGAAAAGCCCAGAUAAAUUGUUGUAAAAUUAUUUAACAAAUUGCCUGCCGGUUUAGGUGACUGCAACUCCAUUAACCCACUAAAAGAUAAAGCUCUAUAAUAGAAGACCACACACACAGACGCAAUACACACCACUCACAUAGAUACUGAACACACAUAUAUUAUACAAAUACAAAUACAAGUAAGGGAGGAGAAGAAAUAUAUUAUAUACAUACAUUAUAUUUACAAUUAUUUGUUAACGCACAUUGUUAAAUUUGCUACUGUUGCUGACCAGUUUAUAAAUAAUAACCAAAAAGAGACGA